AUGGUCGGAUCCAUGGGUUUGUUGUCUGCAGCUGGUGCCAAGUCCACCGUUGAGGCCUUCCUCUCCUCCAUGUCCGCCUCCGCCGAUGUUUUGGCCAUGGCUAAGGUCGAGGUCAAGUUGGGUGCUAUUCCAGAGGGUAACAACGUUAUUGUCAAGUGGCAAGGUAAGCCAGUCUUCAUCAGACACAGAACUGCUGAGGAGAUUGCUGAGGCCAACUCUGUUGACGUCAACUCCUUGAGAGACCCAGAGACCGAUGACCAGCGUGUCAAGAAGCCAGAGUGGUUGAUCAUGUUGGGUAUCUGUACUCACUUGGGUUGUGUUCCUAUCGGUGAGGCUGGUGAUUUCGGUGGCUGGUUCUGUCCAUGUCACGGUUCUCACUACGAUAUCUCUGGUAGAAUUAGAAGAGGUCCUGCUCCUUUGAACUUGGAGAUUCCAGCUUACGAGUUUGCUGACGACGAGACCUUGGUUGUUGGUUAA